AACAAUAAAGCGCCGUGAAUAAGUUUGACAGUACAGGAAGUGCGUGGGUUCGAAGUUUGACGUUUCAGUGUUUUCUUUGGUACUGUCUCUGUUUACGUUAUUGUUGUCAGUGCCGUGUCUAUUAGGAAUACAGUCUUGUUUACCGAGGAAUGAAAGGCUAGCCUAAUAGAUGAAUUUGUAAUCAAUUGACUUGAUAUACAGUAAUAUUAUGUUUUCUGCUAUGCAGAUGCCGACCAUGAAGUUCCAUUCAAAAUUUCGAUCAGCAGUGAUGCGCAGGGACUGAUGGGUAAUCAGCCAUAUUGUUUUAUAUCGCGGAGUACAAAAUUGAAGUCAGUAGUGCGCAGGGUGCGGAGUUGAAAGUGUAGUUCACAAUGGCAGGAAAUACGGGAAUGGAGCAGUUAAUACCAAUAGUGAACAAACUCCAAGAUGCGUUCACUCAGCUUGGCGUACAUAUGCAACUGGAUUUGCCCCAGAUAGCAGUGGUAGGAGGACAGAGUGCGGGCAAAAGUUCGGUUUUGGAAAAUUUCGUCGGAAGGGACUUUCUACCUCGAGGUUCAGGAAUUGUCACACGAAGACCCCUUAUUUUGCAGCUUAUAAAUAGUUCAACUGAGUAUGCAGAAUUUCUUCACUGUAAAGGGAAGAAAUUUGUUGAUUUUGAUGAGGUUCGCCGUGAAAUAGAAGCGGAAACAGACAGGGUUACUGGAUCUAACAAAGGAAUUUCCAAUAUACCCAUAAAUCUUCGUGUUUAUUCUCCAAAUGUGCUGAAUAUCACCCUAAUCGACCUCCCGGGACUAACAAAGGUACCUGUGGGAGAUCAGCCAGCAGAUAUUGAGAAUCAAAUCAAAGACAUGUUGAUGCAGUUCAUCACAAAGGAGACUUGUUUGAUCUUAGCAGUGACACCAGCAAACACUGAUCUCGCAACUUCAGACGCUCUGCAAAUAUCCAAGAGCGUUGACCCAGAUGGCAUCAGAACCAUAGGUGUUAUAACCAAACUGGACCUCAUGGAUGAAGGUACUGAUGCACGAGAUAUUCUUGAAAACAAGCUACUCCCUCUCCGGAGAGGGUAUAUUGGGGUAGUUAAUAGAAGUCAGAAGGAUAUUGAAGGAAAGAAGGAUAUUAAAGCUGCUUUGGCUGCCGAGAGGAAGUUUUUUCUCAGUCAUCCAUCUUAUCGUCACAUGGCAGAUCGCCUUGGAACGCCGUAUUUACAGAGAGUUCUAAAUCAACAGUUAACCAAUCAUAUUAGAGACACAUUACCAAGUCUGAGGGACAAGCUUCAGAAACAACUGUUGACCUUGGAAAAAGAUGUGGAACAGUAUAAACAUUUUCGCCCAGAUGAUCCUGCGAUUAAGACUAAAGCAAUGCUUCAGAUGAUUCAGCAGUUGCAAUCGGAUUUUGAAAGGACUAUUGAAGGAUCUGGUUCUGCGCAGAUAAAUACAAUGGAACUUUCAGGUGGUGCAAAGAUUAACAGACUAUUCCAUGAGAGAUUUCCAUUUGAAAUUGUCAAAAUGGAAUUUGAUGAAAAAGAACUCAGAAGAGAAAUAGCAUUUGCUAUUAGAAAUAUUCAUGGUAUUAGGGUUGGCCUGUUUACACCUGAUAUGGCCUUUGAGGCAAUUGUUAAGAAACAAAUUGCUCGGUUAAAGGAACCGAGCUUAAAAUGUGUUGACUUGGUUGUAGCAGAACUGUCAAAUGUAGUUAGAGUUUGCACCGAUAAGAUGUCACGGUAUCCUAGAUUGCGCGAAGAAACUGAACGAAUAAUUACUACACACAUCCGGCAGCGGGAACAAAAUUGUAAAGAACAAAUUAUUUUAUUGAUCGAUUGUGAACUAGCAUAUAUGAACACAAAUCAUGAGGAUUUCAUUGGAUUUGCCAAUGCCCAACAAUCUUCAGAAAAUUCCGUUAAAGCAGGACGUAAACUGGGAAAUCAAGUUAUUCGUAAAGGUUACAUGUGUAUACACAAUUUGGGAAUAAUGAAAGGUGGUUCCAGGGACUACUGGUUUGUCCUUACCUCAGAAAGCAUAUCCUGGUUUAAAGAUGAAGAGGAGCGAGAGAAAAAGUACAUGCUGCCUCUUGAUGGACUCAAGCUGCGGGAUGUUGAACAGAGCUUCAUGUCAAGGAGGCAUACGUUUGCACUGUUUAAUCCUGAAGGAAGAAAUGUAUACAAGGAUUACAAGCAGUUGGAGCUGAGUUGUGAGAACCAAGAUGAUGUUGACUCGUGGAAAGCAUCUUUCCUGCGAGCAGGGGUUUAUCCAGAGAAGUCAACAGAGCAAGCCAAUGGGGAGGAGGUUAGGGGCGCUGGGGAAGGAAGUUCUUCGAUGGAUCCACAGCUGGAGCGCCAAGUUGAAACAAUCAGGAAUUUGGUUGAUUCUUACAUGAAAAUAGUUACAAAGACAACUAGGGAUCUUGUCCCGAAAGCAAUCAUGCUAAUGAUAAUCAACAAUACAAAGGACUUUAUCAAUGGUGAGCUGUUGGCACACUUGUAUGCCUCUGGAGAUCAGGGACA